CUUGCGGUAACGUUAAUCGUUACAAAUUAUGGUACGGAAUGUUGUAAGCUGGGCAAAACACAUUCCAAUGGUGACAGGUGGUGACAAUAAGCUAUUUGCGCCAUAACAAUCAUUCAAAUAUUUGUUUAAUGCUUUAUUUUGAAUAACUAGUUGAUUAUUACAUGGAAAUAACAAUACUAAGGUUUUGUAAAAUGCUCCAAAGCUAUUCAGAAAUUCUUCAUAUCCUUUUAUUAUAACUUUAAAGUUCUAUUCAAAAUGAAAGGAGGUUAGGAAUGUGGAAAGUAGUCCAGGAAAAUACUGGAGGGCAACAUGAGGUGAUGCAUCCAGAGACAUGGCAGAAUUCUUGCCACUAUGCGAUUUAUUGUUCAACGUCGUGUCCCUUGCAGCAUAUUUCUGUGAUUUAGUCUUUGAUUUAUUAGUAGUAUAUGCUCUCUACACAAAAGGUCUAACAGUUACUUUUUCCCAAUGUCUAGGUGCCAUAAUUUUGAGUACACUAGUUUCACAAAUUUUAUCAAUGCAUUGGUAUUUAAGAUCUAAAACAGAAGGUUGGCAAAAAAUUGUUGUUAUAGUGCUACACAUUUUGCAAUUUGGUGUCCUAUGGCGAUAUGCUCGACUUCUUGUACCUGUUCAAUUAGCUAGUGUUAAGAGUGAAGUUAGAGACUUAUGUAUUUUGAGACUAGUGCAUGGAUUCUUGCAAGCAGCCCCUAUGUUGCUAUUACAACUCACAUUGUUACCAGGUGUGGAACAUGGACCUCAAACUGAUCUAAUAAAAGUGUCGUCAGCCCUAUCCCUAUUUUCAGUUUGUUGGGCUCUAGCAUCAUUUAGCAAGCAUAUACAAAGUAUUGAUAGGCUUGUACUUACCUGGUUAGGAGUUGUGUCCCAGUUACUUUGGAGAGGAGGUACAAUAACUGCCAGGGCCCUUGCUCUCUCAGCCUAUGCAGCAACAUACCAUUCGUGGAUUUUUCUUGUGCUAGCACUUCAUUGGGCUUGUAUGUUUCUUUGGUUACUCUCGCCCAGAAGCCCUUUUCAUGGGCAAAGAGGUAGCAAGUUAGGAGUUUGUGCCCUUAUGGCUGCUAUUUAUGUUUUGGCCUACAUAAAUUUACAAGAUAAACCACAUAGAAGGACUAUGGGUAUAUUUUAUGUGGUAAUGUUACUGGAAAAUUGUUUAUUGGUAGGAGCAUGGGUAGCAGCAAUAUGGACUGUUAGACCAGAACAUUGGGAAUUGGUUCCAAUUCUUAUGAUAAGUUUGUUUGCUGCUGGCAUUACAUUUAUGCUUAUUUAUUACAAAUUCUUCCACGUAAAACGCUUAAUGGAAAAGCCAUCUCAACCACCAGGUGUAUUUAAUUGUCGGUUUAGUAGCCCAUCAGCAUCUGCUCUUUAUCGCAAAAAGAAGAAACCAACAACUUUUGUACCUCCUCCUGGCCUUGGACCAGUUUCUGUCCCUUUCUGGAGAAGACCCUUACCAUCAUCUAGUGAAAAUGAAGGGAGCAGUGUCGGUUCAAGAGUAAACAUUCAUCAAAAACUGCAAGAAAAAAAGCAAAAACAAUUAGCGGAACUAAAGAUAAUUGAAGAAGAAAUAAAACAGGGCAAGCUUGUUGGUCCAGGAGGAGCAGAAUUUGAUGAUAGACAACCAAUACCAAGAACGAAACGUCAUGUUGAACCUCAACUCUUGAGUUUGUCAUCAUUAAAUAAUUUAGCAAGCUAUGGAAUUUUAGCUCGUCGACCGCCUCCAAGAGCACCUAGAAGCCGAACUCCUGAACUACUUCUAGCCCCCAGGUACCUCUACUGUGACUGCCCAAUUCCUGAACCUGAAAUCGUAGAAGUACCAGUCCCCCAUAUCUCCUCAGACCUAGAAAGCCAAGUGUCAAUACCCCGUUCUUAUACAUUGCCUAGAGAAUUCAAGUAUUACCGAAGACAAAGAGUUGGAAGACCAAUUCAACCAAUUCCCUCUACAAAUAGCAGCGAUGGAGAUGUGGAUAGUGGAGAUGACGAAUCCGAUUGUAAUCCUCCUCCUCCCAACAUUGUCAGACCUCUGAGGAGGCAUUUUAGACAUGAAACUAAGUUGUGAUUGUAAACCUUCCAUGGAAUGGGUUCUCGAAACUUAGACUACAAAAACAUGAAAAAGUAACUCAAAUACGCAUUCUCAAUCAUGGAUUGCAAAAAUUGUGUUUUAGAAAUAAAAAUUCUUAAUUUUAACGUCACUAUG